CCAGUUCCAUCGUGAAGUAUUUAUUUAUUUAUACAUCCCAUUUGUAUUUGCAUAUUUAUUGAUAUAAUGUAUAUUGAUAUCAUAUUGACACACAAGAUGAUAUGAGACAAUUCUACUUCCAUAUUUUUAAAGACAGCGGAUGUGCUCGUGCGAGCCUCGUAUAAACUCGCCAUGGAACCGGAGGGAGACAACCGGCUCCUUCAAGACGUGCUGACAAGAGCGGACAACGAGACGUGCGCGGACUGCGGUAACCCAGAGCCGGACUGGGCAUCACUGACUCUGGGUGUGUUUGUUUGUCAGGCCUGCUCACUUCUUCACCGCAGCAUCCCCCACAUCAGCAGAGUCAAGUCGGUUCAAGACACGUGGGAUGCGAGUGACGUGGAGUUAAUGGCUGCAAUGGGAAACAAUGUAGCUAAGGCCAAAUAUGAGCAAAAGGUUCCCGCUUUCUACUACCGACCAAAACACACUGACUGCAAGCUUCUUAGAGAGCAGUGGAUCAGAGCCAAGUACGAGAGGAAUGAAUUUGAGUUCAUUGAGAAGCAGGAACCCUACUCCGCAGGAUACCGUGAAGGGUUUCUAUGGAAACGAGGAAGGGACAACGGUCAGUUCCUCAGCAGAAAGUUCAUCCUGUCCGAGAGAGAGGGGGCUCUCAAAUACUUCAACAAGCACGAUGCCAGAGAUCCUAAGGCAGUUAUGAAAAUUGAAACCCUCAACGCUACCUUCCAACCAGCCAAGAUUGGCAACCCGUGCGGCCUGCAGAUCACCUACCUGAAAGACAACAGCACAAGGAACAUCUUUGUCUACCACAGUGAUGCUAAGGAAAUGGUAGACUGGUUCAAUGCAAUCCGAGCGGCCAGGUUCCACUAUCUACAAGUGGCUUACCCUGGAGCGAGUGAUGAAGAGCUGGUGCCCAAAUUGACCCGAAACUUCAUGAGGGAAGGUUUCAUGGAGAAAACAGGUCCAAAGCACACAGAGGGUUUCAAGAAGAGGUGGUUCACAAUGGACGACAGAAGACUGAUGUAUUUCAAAGACCCGCUGGACGCCUACGCCCGCGGCGAAGUAUUCAUCGGCAGUAAGGAGAACAGUUACACCGUCCUGCCUGGCCUGCCGCCGACCAUUCAAGGUUACCACUGGAACCAUGGCAUCACCAUCGUCACGCCUGACAGGAAAUUCCUGUUUGCCUGCGAGACUGAGGCUGAGCAACGAGACUGGAUCGCAGCCUUUCAGAGGGUCAUCAAUCGCCCGAUGAGGCCGCAGGAAUACGCAGAUAGCCCUGUGAUGAGGUGGCGACUUGUCCAGGAUGUACCCUGCCUUCCGCCCGAAACGCAGCUGAGAUAGGCUCCAGCAACCCCCCGUGAACCCGAAAGGGACAAGCGGUACAAAAUGGAUGGAUCGACUAUGCGCAGAUAUGUGUGUGUAAUAAACAAAUUUGUACACAAUUUAACAAUUUAUAAAACGGUAUAAGACAAUCUAACAAUAUCAACUAAAUACAAUGAUUCCCUUUUAAUACAUAGUCAGUGCUGCAAAAUAAGUAAACACUAGUAUUGCUUUUCAUUAAAAUAUUUUGUUUUGUUUGCCCCCAAAGCCCUCCUGUGUCCAGGAUUUAUUUUCUGACUUUGUAAACAAUAAAACAAACCAAAAAAAAAGAAGAAAUUAACGAUAAUAUAAUAUGGACAAAACAAAUCAUGGAUACUUGGAAAAAUAUAAACAUUGAAAAAUGCCCUGAAAAGUGUGUUGAGCCUUUACUGGUACUACCAUUUGUAACGAUACUAUUCGUAUAAAUGGGUUGUACUUGUAUAGCGCUUUUCUACCUUCAAGGUCCUCAAAGCGCUUUGAUACUACUUCCACAUUUACCCAUUCACACACAUAUUCACACACCGAUGGAGGGAGCUGCCAUGCAAGGCGCUAACCAGCACCCAUCAAGAGCAAGGGUGACGUGUCUUGCUCAGGACACAAUGGACGUGACAAGGUUGGUACUAGGUGGGGAUUGAACCAGGGACCCUCGGGUUGCGCACAGCCACCUUCCCACUGCGCCACGCUGUCAACAUGCUCACUCUUACUGCGAGUAUAAUCAUGUGAUAUAGUUCCUGUAACACAGUAACACUCACUACGUUUCCAUGCUCUAAAUUAUUCUGAUGUAUGUUUAAUGUUACUUGUACAUAAUAUCUGUGCAGUAUUCUCUUACAAUGCAAAGUAAUAAAUAACAUACUUUUUAUUAUAUUAUCAUUAUCCGCUUUUAUUCAUGAAGGGUUUUUUUUGUGCCGCUGUUAUUUGGGUAUUUCAGAACUAAGUGACUAAUAAAGUUUUACCAUAUAAUUGGGGUGGUGGCAAUUAAGUUAAAUACUGACCUAAGUUGGUAUGUGGUAAUUUAAUAACUGUCACACUAUUAAGUAACAUUAAUUUUUCUUUUGCUAACACAAUUUUAAAUGUAAUUCCCAUUUUCUGGAGAUGUGCUGAUUGAUGGGCCAAUGACCCGUAUCGGACUAUUUUUCGUGAAAAAGUAUGGGAACACCAUUGCCGAUAAAUUACUUUACAUACCAAUCACCUACGCUGAUUCCCUUUUGCUGACACCAUAAUUAUGUAUUUCAAUGUGGAGCAGCUCCCCUAAAUUAAUAAUCAUCACCUCCAUGACAGCAAAUAAACCGGAUUUCUUAGUAUAUUAAGUACAGGUCAGUUUAUUUUGAACAUGCAUACAAUACAGUGUUAUGCAUCACAUAUUUCCAGUUGUUUCAUUACAGUAUGUCCGAAAAGGAGUAGGAAGAAGGAGAGCUUAUUUAAUACUACACCUUUUCAUACCAUAGCAGUUUUAUCCCAUUCUUUGUUCUCUGUUUGAAACAGAACAGUGAACAAAUAAAUAAUAAAUAACUAAAUAUAUCAUAAGUAAGUAAACAAAUAUUAAAUACAUAAAUA